AUGUCUGAUUGGGGUGGCGUCUACCUCGCAGGAGGAGCGGUUGCCUUGAGCACCUUGGCCUGCUAUCUUUCGUCCAACAGCGCCUCUGCUAAAGCAAAAAGGCUCGGUGCAAGGCUCCCUCCCGGGCCUCCUAAAGCUGUUUUGGUGGGGAACCUUUUCAAUUUUCCAAAUGGUCGCUGGUACGAGACAUUCUCGGAAUGGGCCAAAGAAUACGGGGACGUUGUACAUGUUGACCUUGCCGGUGUGCACAUGAUUAUUCUCAACUCCUUGGAAGCCAUUCAGGAGCUCGCGGAAAAACGCAUGAUACACGCUGGACGACCUUACAGUACUAUGGUGUGCGACCUCAUGAUGGAAGGCUUUACGAUGGUUCUAUCUCAGCCAGGGCCGGAUUUCAAGGAGCAACGCCGUAUCUUUCAUGGCUCAAUUGGACCACAGGCAAUCAAAGAAUAUGACAGCCUGAUCCUCCAAAGGUCUCUUGAACUGCUCGAGGCUCUUUCGAAAUUUGAAGGAGAUGUAUUCCCUCUUUUGAUGAGGGUUGUUGGAGGUAUUUUGACUACGAUUGCGUACGGUGAGAAGAUAUAUCAAGACCACGGGGAGAGACUUGUGGCUAUCAAUACUGAAAACAUUGGCCUCAUCGCCUAUGCAUUCACGCAGAUCUGGUCUGUCGAUAUCUUUCCGCCUUUAAGAUACCUCCCGACGUGGAUUCCUGGCUUCACUUUCCCCAAAAUCGGGGCAAGAGCCUACUACUUGGCGAGUCAAAUUCGAUAUUGGUCAUUCGGCGCGGUUAAAAAGGCAGUGGCUGAAGGAUCUGCGGAUGACUCUUUAGUCUCCCGUUACCUCGCUAACCCCAUCGUCUCUGAAGACAACCUGCGGGACGCCGUUGCUGUAAUGUGGGGUGCUGGCGCAGAUACGACAGUAACAUCUAUCGUCAACUUUCUCUUUAGCAUCGUAGUCUUCCCAGAAUGGCAAAUUAAGAUCCAGGAGGAGAUUGAUGAGGUCGUCGGCCAUGAUCAAGUACCGAACAUUAACAACAUAUCCAAACUCAAGAUUUUCAAUGCUGUCUGGAAGGAAUCCUUCCGAUGGAACGCAUCGGUCCCACUCGGUGUUCCACAUAUGAGCACCCAGGAGGACGUUUGGAACGGCUACUAUAUUCCCAAGCAAACAAUCCUCCAUUGCAAUAUUGGGUGCGUUCCCAAGGAUGUACUCCACGAAUUCAAACCCCUCCGGUUCCAUCCAGACUUCAAUCCGAAUCUUGACAAAUUACCAGACAUCAUGAGCAUUCCCUUUGGAUUCGGGAGGCGCAUCUGUCCAGGGCGGUUCUUGGCUGAGCGAAUCUCGCGGCAGAUAGUGGCCGCUAUCCUCUCAAAGUACACUGUAACGCCACUAGAGGGAGAGGAAGUCACAGCAGAUAUGCAAUUUGUCGAUGCCGCCAUCCGCCGUCCAGCCGAUUUCCGUUGCCGAUUCAUUCCUCGUUAUAGCUAG